AUGUCUUGUCAUUUUGCUUUUAAUAAUGGAAAUAAAUGUUCUUGCUGGAAGUUCACUAAACAAGAUAAUAGUAAUAUUUGUCAAACAUGUAACCACCAAAAUACAUUUCACUCUACAAAGGCUGGAGGAGAUGGAGAAUCCAACAAUAGCCAGUUACUAGCUUUCAAUAAUUUGAAUUAUUCAACUCCACAAACAAAUCCUUUAUAUCCAGCAACAAAACGUAUAACAAAAACAAAUAUCAAUGAGGUUGGUAGUAAUAAGAAUAAUAAGACUGUAUGUUUUACCAUUAUUUGCAUAAAGGAUGUUUAUAAUUUUUCUGAGGUUCCUACAAUCCCUAGAUCUGGUACAGAGUAUUAUAAAAACUUAGUGAGACUUAAUUUGAUCAAAGAGAUAAUUUUCCCUGGUGAGAAUAACAAUAUUAUUUGUUCAACUAUAGAAUCGGAAUUUAGUUUGUUACAAAAAGACCAAUGGUGUUUUUAUAAGCCUGCUGGCUCAGAUCUUUAUCCAAUUCAACGAGGAAACUCUGGAUAUGUUUUGCAAAUAAUUAAAAAAGUAGCAGGGAGUAAUAAAAAGUUAUAUAUUGGACCAACUGAUAAGCCACUUGAUAUAAAAUUUUUAUUAGAUCAACAAAUACUUGAAUCAACAAAUAGUGAUUUAUCUUUUUCUAACAACAAUGCACUUUUUAACAUUUCUCCAGAAAAUUAUCAUGUGGACCAUACAAGCACAUUAUUUGAUUCAUCUCCAGAGUAUUUAAAUUAUAGUUUUGAUAACCUUGAUGAUAUAAAUAAGUCUUUAUAUGACUUUUAUGAUAAAAAAUAUAAAUUGAAUGACAGAAAAAUUAACAUCGAUAUUGGAUCCAGUGAAACAAUACUUAAAGAUCUAAUUAAAUGGAUUAGUAAUGCAAACGAUGAGGCAUUACUAUUAAAACCAACAAUUAGGUUCAUAACUGAACGGUAA